CCUAUGUCAUUCCUCCCUCUCUAACAAAAAAAGUAUAUCCCUUUCAGUUUCUCUCGUCUCCUCUUUUCGAAGAAUAUAUCGAUUUCUUAGUUUAGGGUUUUGCAGAAGAGAAAAAGAUGAUAAAGAGACGAUUUUACAAGCUAGAGCAUGGUGAUAAAGACAGUGGAUCCGACUCCUCUUGCUUCUCUUCUGAUUCCGAUCCCGAGUCUGAACAAGAAGAGUCAGAGCAAUCCGAAUCCGAAGACGCCGUUUCACAAGGUUCCGAAGACGACGACGAUGACUCCGUCUCAGAGGGUGAAGAACAAGAUGACUCCCCCCUAGCUGCUGAUGCUGAAGAUGAUGAUGAUGAUGAUGAUGGUGGUGCCUAUCGAGGGAGACAUGAGAAGACAUCGAUGCAGUACGGUUUAGAAGAACCACCGGAAGAGGAGGAAGAGAACUAUAUUCUCGGUUGUAUGAUUAAAUGCAAAUCUGUUUACAAGUGCAGAUAUUGCCCAAACACCGUUUGUUUGAAUGAGACAACUAUGCAACAACAUGUUUCAUCCAAGAAGCAUGCUCGUGCUGAAAAACUAAUGAAGGAAGAGAAGCUUAGAACCAAUGAUGAUGAUGAUGAUGAUGAUGAUGAAGUUGAGGAUCAAGAGAAGCCAUCUCAGGAGAAGCAGAUAAAAGGGAACAGAAGAUCACAAAGAAAGGGUAAGAGAUCUCAAAAAGAAGGAAAGCUCAGAACCGUUGAUGAUCCAGAAAAACCAUCUCAGGAGAAGCAGGUAAAGGGAAACAGAAAAUCACGAAGACAAGGUAUGAGUUCACAGAAACAGGAAAAGGAUUCGUCUAUCACAGAUGGGGGAAAAGCAGAUGCGACCCCAAAAUCUAGAAAGAAAAUGCGUCAAACUAAGGAUUGAGACUAGUGUGUAUCUCUCUCCAGCAAUAUGAAAGAUUCAUAUUGUAGUAGGAGAAUUGGUUGGCUAUGAGUCAGUUUUUUAUUUACCUGCAAGUUUUGUCUACAAAAUAUGUUUGCUUGUAACUGAUAAUAUGGUUUUUGAUUAAUUGAGAUUUGAGUUAUAUACAAUUCUUGUAUCUCUUUUUUUUUUUUUAAAUGCAAUUUGGUUCUUGUCUAGA